AUGGUUCCUCCAGUCUGGACUCUGGUGCUAUUGGUGGGGGCUGCCUGGGGCCAGGGCCACAUGCCUGCCCCUCUCAGGAGAGAGAAGCCUCCGGACCAGCAGCUGGUCAUUCACAGCUCUAGGGACAAGGACAUCCUUACCCAGUGUGAUUUUGAAGAUGACACCAAACCCCUCUGUGACUGGUCCCAAGUGUCUGCAGAUGAUGGAGACUGGGUUCGAGCCAGUGGGCCCUCUCCUGCCGGCACCACUGGGCCCCCCGGGGGGUACCCCAAUGGAGAGGGCAGCUAUCUGCAUAUGGAAUCGAACAACUUUCACCGGGGUGGAGUGGCCCGCCUGCGCAGCCCUGACCUGUGGGAGCAAGGACCUCUCUGCGUGAGCUUCGCCUACCGCAUGUUCGGGCUGUCUUGGGGUGCCCAGCUCAGGCUGCUGCAGCUCUUGAGUGAACAGGGCCACCGCCCCCACGUGCUUUGGAAACACAGGAACACCGAGAGACCCUCCUGGAUGCCCACUAGUGUCACUGUGCCUGCAGGGUUCACCCUGCCCACCCGGCUGAUGUUUGAAGGAACACGGGGUAACACUGCCUACCUGGACAUCGCCCUGGACAGCCUCUCUAUCCGCCGGGGCUCCUGCAACCGCGUCUGUAUGAUGCAAACAUGCAGCUUUGACAUUCUAAAUGACCUCUGUGGCUGGACCUGGAUCCCAACUGCCUCCGGGGCCAAGUGGACUCAGAAGAAGGGGCCGUCGGGAAAGCCAGGAGUGGGGCCUGAUGGCGACUUCUCUAGCCCUGGCAGUGGCUACUAUAUGCUCCUGGACCCAAGGAAUGCAAGAGCUGGGCAGAAAGCCAUCCUCCUGAGUCCCGUGAGCCCGUCCUCUGGCUGUCUGAGCCUUUCCUUCCACUACGUCCUCCGGGGCCAGUCUCCUGGCGCAGCACUCCACGUUUACGCUUCAGUCUUAGGGAGCAUCCGGAAACACACUCUCUUCUCAGGACAUCCUGGACCCAACUGGCAAGCUGUUUCUGUCAAUUACACAACUGUGGGACGGAUACAGUUCAUCGUGGUGGGCAUUUUUGGAAAGAUCCCAGAGCCAGCUGUGGCAGUCGAUGCAGUCAGCAUCACUCCGUGUGGGGAGGGCUUUCCUCAGUGUGACUUUGAAGAUAGCGCCCAUCCCUUCUGUGACUGGGUCCAGACUUCCAAGGAUGGUGGACAUUGGGUCCUUGGACAUAAAAACAUAUCCAUCCACGGCAUGGGCCCCUCGGGAGAUUUCCCUAGUACAGGUGGUCACUAUAUCUACCUUGAGACUGACAAAUUCUCCCGGGCGGGGCAGUCAGUCAGACUGGUGAGCCGGCCCUUCUGCGCUCCGGGUGACAUCUGUGUGGAUUUCGCAUACCACAUGUAUGGCCUUGGGGAGGGUACUACGCUCAAGCUCCUCCUGGGAAGUCCUGCAGGGAGCCGCCCGAUUCCUCUCUGGAAAUGCGUGGGGUCCCAGAGCCCUUAUUGGCAGAAUACCUCUGUCACCAUCCCUUCAGGACAUCAACAGCCCAUGCAGCUGAUUUUUAAGGCCAUCCGGGGCAGCAACACAGCCUUUGUGGUUGCUCUGGGUUUCAUCUUGAUCAAUCCUGGGACUUGUCCAGUGAAAGUGCUACCAGUGCUUCCUCCCGCAUCUCCAGCUUCUUCCGCCGUCCCUGCCAAAACCACUGGCCUCACAGAAAACCCUGCAAUCUCCACACAAAACCCCACAGUUUCCACAGAAAAGCCCACAGUCCCCAAAGAAAACCCCACCAUUCCCACGGAAAAACCCAGCAUCCCUACUGAAAAGCCCUCUAUCCCCACUGAAAAACCCACCAUUGCCACAGAAAAGCCCACUGUCCCCACAGAAGAGCCCAGCACCCCCACUGAGGAGACCACCAUCUCCACACAAGAGCCUGCCAUCCCCACAGAGAAACCCAGUGUUCCCACGGAAAAACCCACCCUCCCCACUGAAGAAGCCACCACUUCCAUUGAAGAGACCACCGUCUCCACCGAAGAGCCCACCAUCCCCACAGAAAAACCCACCAUCCCUACGGAAAAGCCCAUCAUCUCCACGGAAAAACCCAUCUCCACAGAAAAACCCAUCAUCUCCACUGAAGAAACCACCAUCCCCACUGAAGAGACCACUGUCCCCACUGAAAAACCAACUGUCUCCACGGAAAUACCUACCAUUCCCACUGAGAUAACUGCCGUCCCCACAGAAAAUCUGACUUUUCCCACUGUAGAGCCCACCACUCCCACUGGAGAGACCACCACCUCCACAGAAGAGUCCACCAUCCCCACUGAAGAGACCACCGUCCCCACUGAAAAACCCACCAUCCCCACUGAAGAGACCACCAUGUCCACUGAAGAGACCACCGUCCCCACUGAAGAGACCACCGUGUCCACUGAAGAGACCACCGUGUUCACUGAAGAGACCACUGUCCCCACUGAAGAGACCACUGUCCCCACUGAAAAACCCACUGUCCCCACUGAAAAACCCACUGUCCCCACUGAAGAGACCACUGUCCCCACUGAAGAGACCACUGUCCCCACUGAAAAACCCACUGUCCCCACUGAAAAACCCACUGUCCCCACUGAAGAGACCACUGUCCCCACUGAAAAACCCACUGUCCUCACUGAAGAGACCACUGUCCCCACUGAAAAACCCACUGUCCCCACUGAAAAACCCACCGUCCCCACUGAAGAGACCACUGUCGCCACUGAAAAACCCACCGUCCCUGCUGAAAAACCCACUGUCCCCACUGAAGAGACCACUGUCGCCACUGAAAAACCCACCGUCCCCACUGAAGAGACCACCGUGUCCACUGAAGAGACCACUGUCCCCACUGAAAAACCCACCAUCCCCACUGAAGAGACCACUAUCACCCCUGAAAAACCCACUGUCCCCACUGAAGAGACCACCAUCCCCACUGAAGAUACCACCGUCCCCACUGAAGAGACUACUGUCCCCACAGAAAAGCUCACAGCCCCGAUGCCACAGCAUCCCAGUCCCACAGCCAUUGGACUGGCAGCCUCAUUGAUGUCUCCACAAGUUCCACGCGCCUCUGUGGCCAGUGUGAUCCUGGGCACUACCACAAGCCCCAGACCCACUCCAGAGCGCUGCCCCCCAAAUGCUCACUACGAAUCCUGUGCUUGUCCCGCUUCGUGCGGGAGCCCAAGGCCUCGCUGCGGGUCCCUCUGUCGCGGGGGCUGUGUCUGCGACCCAGGCUUUUUGUUUACUGACAACCUCUGCAUCCAGGCCUCUUCCUGCAAUUGCUUCUACAACAAUAAUUACUAUGAGCCUGGCUCAGAGUGGUUCAGCCCCAACUGCACAGAACGUUGCCGAUGCUGGCCAGGCAGUCGGGUCGAGUGCCAGAUCUCUCAGUGUGGGACACACACCGUGUGCCAGCUUAAGAAUGGCCAGUACGGAUGCCACCCCUACGCAGGCACUGCCACCUGCUUGGUCUACGGAGACCCUCAUUAUGUCACCUUUGACGGGAGGCACUUUGGCUUCAUGGGCAGGUGCGCUUACAUCUUGGCCCAGCCCUGUGGCAACUCGACAGACCCAUUCUUCAGGGUGACAGCCAAGAAUAAGGAGCAGGGACUAGAAGGUGUGUCCUGCCUGAGCAAAGUCUACGUGACCCUGCCCGAGACCACCGUCACCCUGCUCAAGGGCAGACGCACGCUGGUUGGGGGUCAGCGAGUUACCCUCCCAGCCAUACCCUCCAAAGGCGUCUUCCUAGGUGCAAGUGGGCGAUUUGUGGAGCUGCAGACGGAUUUCGGUUUGCGGGUGAGAUGGGAUGGUGACCAGCAGCUGUAUGUGACUGUGCCCAGCAUCUACUCUGGUAAACUCUGUGGUUUGUGUGGAAACUAUGAUGGCAGCAGUGACAAUGACAACCUGAAGUCGGAUGGCAGCCCGACAGCAGACCAGGAGGAGCUGGGGAAGAGCUGGGAGACGGAUGAGGACGAGGACCAGGAGUGUCAGAAGAACCAGGUGGUGAAUCCCCCGUCUUGUGAUUCAUCCCUGCAGAGCAGCAUGUCGGGGCCAAGGUUCUGUGGACGGCUGGUUGACACCCGUGGCCCGUUUGAGACAUGCCUGCUGCACAUGAAGGCCACCUCCUUCUUCAACAGCUGCAUGUUUGAUAUGUGCAACUUCCAGGGACUGCAGCACGUGCUGUGCACACACAUGUCCACCAUGACCACCGCCUGCCAGGAUGCGGGCUACGCCGUGAAGCCCUGGAGGGAACUCCAAUUCUGCCCAAUGGCCUGCCCGCCCAACAGCAGGUACUCCCUGUGUGCCAAGCCGUGCCCUGACACCUGCCAUUCAGGAUUCUCCGGCAUGUUCUGCUCAGACCGGUGCGUGGAGGCCUGUGAAUGCAAUCCGGGCUUCGUCCUCAGCGGCCUCGAGUGCGUGCCUCGCUCCCAGUGUGGGUGCCUCCAUCCUGUAGGCAGCUACUUCCAGGCAGGGGAGCAGUGGUAUAAGCCAGGUUGCAGAGAGCUGUGCGUCUGUGAAAGCAACAACAGAAUUCGCUGUCAGCCCUGGAGGUGUAAGGCCCAGGAGUUCUGUGGUCAACAGGAUGGCGUCUAUGGCUGCCAUGCCCAAGGUGCCGCCACCUGCGCGGCCUCAGGUGACCCCCACUACCUGACCUUCGACGGGGCCCUGCACCACUUCAUGGGCACCUGCACGUAUGUCCUGACCCGGCCUUGCUGGUCCAGGUCCCAAGACAAAUAUUUUGUUGUGAGCGCCACCAACGAGAACCGCGGGGGGAACGUGGAGGUCUCCUACAUCAAAGCCGUCCACGUGGCGGUGUUUGACCUCAGCAUCUCACUGCUCAGAGGCCGCAAGGUCUUGCUGAAUGGCCAUCGGGUGGCCCUACCUGCGUGGCCUGCAAGAGGCCAGGUGACCAUAAGACUCAGCAGCUCCUUUGUUCUCCUCUACACGAACUUUGGGCUCCAGGUUCGCUACGACGGGAGCCACUUGGUUGAAGUGACAGUCCCCUCCUCCUAUGGCGGCCAGCUCUGUGGGCUGUGUGGAAACUACAACAACAACAGCUUGGAUGACAUCCUGCUCCCCGACGGAAAGCUCGCAGGCGAUUCUGUGCAGCUGGGGGCGGCCUGGAAGUUACCCGAAUCCUCUGAACCUGGCUGUUUCCCUGUGGGUGGCAAGCCCUCCAGCUGCCAGGAGAACAGCAUGGCAGACGCCUGGAGCAAGAACUGUGCGAUCUUAAUAAACCCUCAGGGACCCUUCUCUCAGUGUCAUCAGGCGGUGCCCCCUCAGUCCAUCUUCGCCAGUUGCGUGCAAGGCCAGUGUGGGACCAAUGGUGACACCACGGCCCUGUGCCAUUCCCUGCAGGCCUACGCGUCCCUGUGUGCCCGGGCUGGCCAGGCCCCUGCCUGGCGGAACAGAACCUUCUGCCCUAUGAGGUGCCCACCUGGCAGCAGCUACAGCCCCUGUGCCAGCCCCUGCCCAGCCACCUGCAACAGCAUAAACACCCCUAGGGACUGCCCCAAAGCACUGCCCUGUGCUGAGGGCUGCGAAUGUCAGAGAGACCACAUCUUGAGCGGAACUUCAUGCGUGCCCCUCGGCCAGUGUGGCUGCACCGACCCAGCGGGCUCCUACCACCCGGUCGGGGAGCGCUGGUACACAGAGAACACCUGCACCAGGCUCUGCACCUGCUCCAUCCACAACAACAUCACCUGCGUCCAAAGCACCUGCAAACCCAACCAGAUAUGCUGGGCCCUGGAUGGGCUGCUCCGUUGUCGGGCCUCAGGUAUGGGAGCGUGUCAGCUCCCAGGGGAGUCCCACUAUGUGAGCUUUGAUGGUAGUAACCAUUCCAUCCCCGAUGCCUGCACUCACAUCCUGGUGAAAGUCUGCCACCCCGCCAUGGACUUGCCCUUCUUCAAGAUCAGUGCAAAGCAUGAGAAGGAGGAAGGUGGGACUGAGUCUUUCCGCCUUCACGAGGUCUACAUUGACAUCUACGAUGCCCGGGUCACCCUAAAGAAGGGCCACCAUGUGCUGAUCAACAGCAAACAGGUCACCCUUCCCGUGAUCUCCCAGAUCCCCGGGGUCAGCAUCAAGUCCAGCAGCAUCUACACGAUAGUUAACUUCAAGAUUGGCGUGCAGGUCAAGUUUGAUGGGAAUCAUCUCUUAGAGAUUGAAAUCCCCACAACCUACUAUGGAAAGGUCUGCGGCGUGUGUGGGAACUUCAAUGAUGAGGAAGAGGAUGAACUAAUGAUGCCCAGCGACGAACUAGCCCAGAGUGACAGUGAAUUCGUGAACAGUUGGAAAGAUAAGGACAUUGACCCAAGUUGUCAGACACUCCUGGUGGAUGAGCAGCAGAUCCUAGCGGAGCAGCUGGAGAACCGGAGUGGAAACUGCAGAGCAGCAGACCUCCGCAGGGCUCGGGAAAAGUGUGAGGCAGUGCUGCGGGCUCCCGCGUGGGCGCAGUGCGCCUCCCGCAUAGACCUCACAGCCUUCCUGGUGGGCUGUACGAACACCCUCUGUGAGUUUGGAGGUCUCCACCACGCCCUCUGCGACGCUCUGCAAGCCUUCGGGGCCGCCUGCCAGAGCCAGGGGCUCAAGCCCCCACUCUGGAGAAACAGCAGCUUCUGCCCUCUGGAAUGCCCUGCCUACAGCAGCUACACCAGCUGCCUUCCCUCCUGCUCACCUUCCUGCUGGGACCUGGAUGGCCAGUGUGAGGGCGCCAGAGUCCCCUCUGCCUGUGCGGAGGGGUGCAUUUGUCAGCCUGGCUAUGUCCUGAAUGAGGACAAGUGUGUCCCCAGAAGUCAGUGCAGCUGCAAGGAUGCCCAUGGUGGCUCGAUCCCUCCGAACAAGAGCUGGGUCUCCAGUGGUUGCACAGAGAAGUGUGUUUGCACAGGAGGAGCCAUGCAGUGCAGGGACUUCCGAUGCCCCUCUGGAUCCCACUGCCAGCUCAGUUCUGACAACAUCAACAGCAACUGUGUCUCAGACAAGUCUGAACAAUGCUCAAUCUACGGGGACCCCCGUUACUUCACGUUUGACGGCUUCAACUACCACUUCCGGGGCCGCAUGACCUAUGUCCUGAUCAAGACUGUGGACAUGCUGCCUGACGGGGUGGAGGCCCUGCUUGUGGAGGGACGCAACAAGAUGUCUCCACCCGGGAGCUCCAUCUUCUUGCACGAGGUGAUUACCACCGUCUAUGGCUAUAAAGUGCAGUUCCAAGCUGGUCUGGAGCUUGUGGUCAACAACCAGAAGAUGGCCGUCCCCUACAGGCCGGAUGAGCACCUGCAUGUCACCCUGCGGGGCCAACGACUCUACCUGGUCACCGACUUUGAGCUGGUCGUCAGCUUCGGUGGAAGGAAAAAUGCAGUGAUCUCCCUACCCAGCAUCUACAGGGGACUCGUGCGUGGCCUAUGUGGAAACUACGAUGGAAACCGCAGGAAUGAGAUGCUGCUGCCCAGCGGCGCCCUGACCCAGAACCUCAACACCUUCGGCAACAGCUGGGAGGUGAAGACGGAGGACGCCCUCCUCCGGUUCCCCAGGGCUGUACCAUCGGAGGAGGAGGGUCGAGGGGCGGAACUGGGCCUCCAUGUGUCUGAAUGUAGCCCGGAGCAGCUGGCGAGCAACGGCACCCAGGCCUGUAGGGUGCUGGCGGACCCCCAAGGCCCCUUUGCUGCCUGUCACCAGACGGUGGCCCCAGAGCCCUUCCAGGAGCACUGCGUGCUGGAUCUGUGCUCUGCCCAGGACCCCAGAGAGCAAGAGGAGCUGCGUUGCCAGGUCCUCAGCGGGUACGCCAUCCUCUGCCAGGAGGCGGGCGCUGCCCUGGCCAGCUGGCGGGACCACACCCUCUGCGAAAGCCCUUGUCUGCAGAACCCCUGUCGGAAUGACGGGAAAUGUCGGGAGCAGGGAGCCACCUUCACCUGCAAGUGUGAAGUUGGUUACGGAGGAGACCUCUGUACAGAGCCUCGAGAUGUGCCACCUCCCAGAAAACCAGCAUCUAACCUGGUGGCCAUCCUGUUGACGCUGCUGGUGCCUGUGGUGGUUGUAGUACCAGCCGUGACCAGAGAGUGCAUUUCCAGAAGGAGGAGGAAGAGAGAGAAAACGCAGAGCCAGGAGGGAGACGGACUGGCCAGGCCGGUGGACGCAGAUAUUGCUCCAGACUGUAUCUUUUAAAUUGCUCAGUUUUGAAUUGUCUUCAAACAAGAAGAUUAAAUAAAUGUAUGUAUUUGUUUAUUUGA